GAUUCGAAAAUUCAACUCCUCGCCCCUUGCCGUCUUCCCCUGCACAAAGUCAACCCUCCAUCAUUCUUCGCACCUCUCUUUCCCUUGCUCGUUCUCAGAACUCUCGAUGCCCCUUUUCUUGCCGUGAUCCCGUCUCCAGAACUGUUUUCUUCCGUCUCUGCGAUGGGCAACCGCCUGGUGACGUUGGCGCCCUGCUUCUACGGCGACGGUCGCCCCGUCGGCGCCGCUGACUCCGCCGCUGCGGCCGCGAUGGCGUCGGAGCCCGUCGAUGAGGGCCUUGGGCACUCCUUUGUCUACGUCGGCCCUGACGUGCCCCACCUCGCUAACUACGGCUCCGACGCCUCCUCCUCCUCCCGCGUCCACCACUCUGAUGAGGGCGCCGCCAUAGGCACCACCAUGUUCCGGUCUAUCUCCGGUGCAUCCGUGAGCGCCAACGCCGCCACCCCUCUCUCCACCGCGCCGCUGGUCCUUCGCAACGAGCUGGCCUGCUCCUCCGCCGCCUCCUUUGAGAGCUCCUCCUCCUUCGCCUCCGUCCCUCUGCAACCCCGACACUCCGGUUCGCUGUCCGGCCCCAUCGGAUCCGACCGCCACUAUUUCAGCUCGGGUCACCUCGAUCGGGGAUUCCAUUCUGGCCCUAUCGAGAACCAACGCACUUCCUGUGCCUUCUCCGGUCCGCUCGACCGCCUCCCUUCCUCGUCGUCCUCCUCCGGUCACUUCUAUCGCAGCCUGUCCCAGCGCCUCGCAAUCCGCCGGGCCGCCCGUCACAGCCGCACUGCGCCUGCCCUCAUCCGCCGCUUUACCAAGUACCUCUCCAGAACCGCCACCAGGUUCAGCUGUGUAGCCACGCCCCGCGAGACCUCUACGAAACCCGAAGGCGGCAGAGUUCCCAACCUCAUCGCCAACCUCGACUCGGCCGCCGAUCCUAGCAGCAACUCCACCACCAUCAACAGCAGCGGCAACGAUCAGAUGAGCUUCGACUGCAUCGGGGAUGAAUCCGAUUCGUCGGACGGCACGAACGGCAACCUCCACUGGGCUCAGGGCAAGGCCGGUGAGGACAGAACGCAUGUCGUCGUAUCGGAGGAGCAUGGUUGGGUUUUCGUCGGCAUCUACGACGGCUUCAAUGGCCCCGACGCCACCGAUUACCUCCUCGCCAAUCUCUAUCCGGCCAUCCAACGGGAGCUCAAGGGGCUGCUCUGGGACGACCCGCAAAACACCCGUGAGACUUCCACCGACACCUCGCAGGAGCUCGACGAUAGUUGUUGCGAGGAAGGAAAGCAGAGCAGGAGGAUUAAGAGGAGCGAACGCAACAUGGCCUGCGAUGGAGAGGCUUCGGAAACAAACAGGCGGUCGAAGGAACAACCGACACAGUCGAGCACCGGCGGCGCGGUCGACCACAGGGCAGUACUGAAGGCGAUUUCCAGAGCUCUCAGGAAAACAGAGGAGGCCUAUCUGCAUAUGGCCAACACGAUGGUGUCUGCGAACCCGGAGCUGGCACUGAUGGGAUCAUGUGUUCUUGUGAUGCUGAUGAGGGGCGAGGACGUGUAUCUGAUGAACGUCGGCGACAGUUGCGCCGUUCUGGCCAGGAGAGCGGAGUCUGAUCUCUGGAACUUGGUGGGGCAAGCGACCCAAGAUCUGGAAUCCAUCAGGAACGAGACUCUACGUUAUCUUGAAUCAUACGAUGACGGUGAUUUACUCGCCGUGCAGCUCACCUUGGAUCACAGCACCUGCAAUGACGAGGAAGUACGAAGAAUCCGAAAUGAACAUCCUGAUGACCCCGGUGCCAUCGUCAACAACCGGGUGAAGGGAUCAUUGAAGGUGACCAGGGCUUUCGGUGCCGGCUAUCUAAAGCAGCCAAAGUGGAACAACGCCCUGUUGGGGGCAUUCAAGAUCGACUACAGGGGGACAUCACCUUACAUCACCUGCAAUCCAUUUCUCUGCUACCACCGGAUUGGCCCCAAAGAUAAAUACCUUAUACUCUCAUCCGAUGGUCUCUACCAAUACUUCACGAACGAAGAGGUGGUCAGCCAAGUAGAGAUGUUCACUGCGACAAACCCCGACGGCGAUCCUGCUCAAUACCUCGUGGAAGAAGUCCUCUACCGAGCUGCAGAUAAAGCUGGGAUGGAGUUCAAUCAAUUGCUUGAUGUUCCGCAAGGAGAUAGACGAAAGUAUCACGAUGAUGUUUCCAUCAUAAUCAUCUCCUUGGAAGGAAGAAUGUGGAGGUCCUGUGCGUAGAUAAUAUACAGAAUGGGUGCAGGAUAAUUCUGAGAUCAGCUCUGUCAUAACAAUCAAGCUUUGGAGAGCAUAAAUUUUGGGGGGUGAAGCACACUGUACAGGAAAAGUAGCAGCUUCAGAAAUAGAAAGGAAAUUGUCAUCUUGGUUCUUCCCAAAGCUCCAUGGUUCAAAGUAACCAAGCUCCAAUAUUUCUUCUUCUUCUUCUUCUUAAUAUGUAUCUCAUUCUCUUCCCAUUUGGACUUGUUCUUCGUUUCCCCCUCGACCUUUUGUUUACUCCAUAAAAUAAUUUGUGACUUGCAAUGAGGCUCUCUCAUUCUUUCUUGAUCAAAUAUGCUAUAUGAAGGCGCAAACUAGCCUUUGUUCUUUCA